UGUUCAAAAUUCACCAAGCACUCAGCGGAAAUUUUCUUCCUUUCUUCUGCCCUGAAUGUUUCCCCAAACAUGAAGGCAAUAAGUUUAUUCAUCUUGGUGGGAUUUACAGGAGAGUUCCAGAUUUUUUCAAGCGCCAUCUCUCCGAUCAAUUGCCAGUGGGAUUCCUAUGGCCCGUGGUCAGAAUGCAGCGGUUGUACCAAGACUCAGACCCGCAGGCGGUCAGUUGCUGUUUAUGGGCAGUAUGGCGGCCAUCCUUGUGUCGGAAAUGCAUUUGAAACACAAUCCUGUGAGCCUACCCGAGGAUGUCCAACAGAAGAGGGAUGUGGAGAGCGUUUCAGGUGUUUUUCAGGCCAGUGCAUCAGCAAGUCUUUGGUUUGCAAUGGGGAUUCUGACUGUGAAGAAGAUAGUGCCGAUGAAGACAGAUGUGAGGACUCAGAAAGCAGACCUUCCUGCGACCUUGAUAAACCCCCACCCCCCAAAGUAGAACUUACCGGAAAUGGUUACAAUGAACUCACUGGCCAGUUUAGGAACAGAGUCAUUAACACUAAAAGUUUUGGUGGUCAAUGCAGAAAGGUGUUUAGUGGAGAUGGAAGGCGUUUCUAUAGACUGAGUGGAAAUAUCCUCUCCUAUACAUUUCAGGUGAAAAUAAAUAAUGAUUUUAAUUAUGAGUUUUACAACAGUAGCUGGUCUUAUGUAAAGCAUACCUGGGCAGUACAUACGUCGUCCAGUAGCAAAAGCUCCUUUUUUAGGUCUUCGUCAUCUUCUUCGUAUAGUCAUAGUUCAAGUACCAAUGAAAUCCACAAGCAAAAGAGUCAUCAAUUGUUGGUUGUCCAGAACACUGUGGAAGUGGCUCAGUUUGUCAACAACAAUCCGGAAUUUCUACAACUUGCUGAGCCCUUCUGGAAGGAGCUCUCCUUCCUUCCCUCUCUGUAUGACUACAGUGCCUACCGAAGAUUAAUCGACCAGUACGGGACACAUUAUCUGCAGUCUGGGUCCUUAGGUGGAGAGUACAAAGUUCUGUUUUAUGUGGACUCAGAAAAAAUCAAAGAAAGCGGUAUUAGUUCGUCAGAUAUAAACACAUGUACUUCGUCAGCUUCCAACUAUUUAUUUUAUACGUCAUCAGACAGCACAUGCGAGAAGCUGAAGAAUGCCUUAAAAUCAAGUACAGGAACUAAGAGCAAUAUUCUGCGAGGGGACCCAUUUGUCAGUGGGGGAAGUCCAGGCUUCGUGAGUGGCCUCAAUUACCUGGACCUGGACGAUCCUGCUGGAAAUAAAAAGCGAUAUGCUUCGUGGGCGGGAUCUGUGACUAAUUUUCCUCAAGUCAUAAAACAAAAGCUGACACCGCUGUAUGAGCUGGUAAAGGAAGUGCCCUGUGCCUCUGUGAAAAGACUAUACCUGAAGCGGGCCCUUGAGGAAUAUCUGGAUGAAUUUGACCCCUGCCAUUGCCGACCUUGUCAAAAUGGCGGCAUUGCCACCAUCCAGGGGACCCAGUGUCAUUGCCAUUGCAAACCAUACACGUUUGGUGUCGCCUGUGAGCAAGGAGUCCUGAUAAGAAAUGAAGCAGGAGGAGUUGAUGGAGGUUGGAGUUGCUGGUCCUCUUGGGGCCCCUGUGUUCAAGGGAAGAAAUCGAGGAGCCGAGAAUGCAAUAACCCGCGUCCCAGUGCAGGCGGGCAGUCCUGUAUCGGAGAGCCGACUGAAAGCAGGCCCUGCGAGGAGGAGGAGGAACUGCAGCAUCUGCGAUUGCUUGAACCACAUUGUUUUCCUUUGUCUUUGGUUCCAAAAGAAUUCUGUCCAUCGCCUCCUGCCUUGAAGGAUGGAUUUGUUCAAGAUGAAGGUACCAUGUUUCCUGUUGGGAAAAACAUAGUAUAUACUUGCAAUGAAGGAUACUCUCUUAUUGGAGACCCUGUAGCCAGAUGUGGAGAAGAUUUACAGUGGCUUGUUGGGGAAAUGCAUUGUCAGAACACCACUUCAACCCUGGCGGUGCCUGAAUGUCAGCUCUGGGAGAAACUGCAGAAUUCAAGAUGUGUUUGUAAAAUGCCUUAUGAAUGUGGAUCGUCCUUGGCUGUAUGUGCGCGAGAUGAGAGAAGCCAAAGGAUACUGGCUCUGACCGUUUGCAAGCUGCACGUUCUCCGCUGUCAGGGGAGAAAUUACAUUCUUGCUGAAAGGGAGAGCUGCACUCUGCCUGCCCCAGCCCAGAAAGCCUGUGGUGCCUGUCCGCUCUGGGGAAAAUGCGAUGCCCAGAGCAGCAAAUGUGUCUGCAGAGAAGCAUCGGAGUGCGAGGACGGCGGCUUUAGCGUCUGCGUGGAAAUGAACGGUGUGGAGCAGACCAUGACCGAGUGCGCAGCCGGUGCGCUCAGGUGCCGAGGGCAGGGCGUCAAGGUCACCAGCACACUGCCCUGCGGGGCUGGGACCUCGUAGGCUCCCAUGCCCAUCGGCUGGUUCCGAAUCUCGCAGCUGCCGGGGCUGAGUUUAACCGUACACAGCUCUGUCAUUUCUCUCAACUGCCAGCCACCUGUAGAAGCCCAGCCCUGCGUUCUGCCACACCUGGAUCGAGAUGCUCCCGUCCUUCCUAUUUAAAAUGCCAGUUAGGGUGACCAGUACGCAUGAACCCUUGCAUGAGUAACUGUGUUCUUGGACAAAUUGCUAACUCGUCUGGACUCUGACUUCUUCAUCUGAAAAUGAGAGGAUUAGACCAGAGCAACUGGAAAACUCCAUUCAGCCCUGUGAUUCUUUUAAGUAUGAUGGACUCCACCCAUGGACCAGAAACACAAGGCACAAACGGUUUAGGAAAACAGUAAGAUUAGAGAGGUUGGCUUCCCUCAGUGGAACUGAAUGCAAACGGGACCUUAAAUGGAAAAAGACAGAUGCAGUUAUCCGUCCCAAGUAGUAAUGUCAUGCCCGGCCCUGUGGACUCAAGCACCAUAUGUAGGGAUCCUUAAGUCUUGCCGGGAGAUGGAGUCACUGAAAUUUUAGAACCGAGUUUAUUGUGGUACCUUCAGUCUUCUUGUCGAUCAACAAACAUAAUCCCAUCUUCUCUUUGGGGCUUUUCUUUGGUGUGUGUCAAACACAAGAACUGUAAUUUGCCCACUUUCUCCCCUUUUCUUUUGUAGGAAACAUCAGUUCAUGCCUGAGCUGUUGUGGAGUGAUUGUAUAUUUGACAGAACAGUUUUCUCUAAUGUGAAUAAUGCUUGGAGUUUUUCAGGGGGCCAUAUAGGUACAUCAAUGGGAGACAUUGGCCUUCUAUUUAUUCCUUAUUCAUCUUUCAUCAAAACGAAAAAGCAGCUGUGGGAGAUGAAAUGAGUGGGCUUAAAUGGAAUUUAAAAUACGCUUUUAUAUACAAAUAAUAUCUGUGUACUUUUCUGAUACUGAUAAAGACGUUUCAACAAAACCUUAGUUAAAAUGACGGUGAUUAAAAUCUCAUUAAAGACACUAUCCUUUGGA